AACCACCUAAACUUUGUGUUUGCCUUUGUAGGUGGCUUCGCUAUCGUCUUCCUGGUGCGGAGCAGUCAGGGAGUGCGCUGUGCCCUGAAGAGGAUGUACGUUAACAACGAACAUGACCUGCAGGUCUGCAACCGUGAGAUCCAGAUCAUGCGGGAUCUCAAUGGUCAUAAGAACAUCGUUGGGUUCCUGGACUCCAGCAUCACGGCUGUAGGAGGAGGAGACGUGUGGGAGGUGUUUAUCCUCAUGGACUUCUGCAAAGGCGGUCAGGUGGUGAACCUGAUGAACCAGCGUUUGCAAACCGGCUUCAGCGAACAGGAAGCGCUCCAGAUCUUCUGUGACACUUGUGAGGCUGUGGCACGUCUGCACCAGUACAAAACUCCCAUAAUCCACCGAGACCUCAAGGUGGAAAACAUCCUCCUUCAUGACAGAGGACACUAUGUUCUGUGUGAUUUUGGCAGUGCCACCAUGAAGUUCCAGAACCCCCAGAAUGACGGCGUGACUGUGGUGGAGGACGAAAUUAAAAAGUACACAACUCUGUCCUAUCGCGCUCCUGAAAUGGUGAAUCUGUACAACGGCAAAAUCAUCACCACUAAAGCAGACAUCUGGGCAAUGGGCUGUCUGCUCUAUAAACUCUGUUUCUUCACAUUGCCCUUCGGUGAGAGUCAGGUGGCUAUCUGUGAUGGCAACUUCACCAUUCCAGACAAUUCCCGCUACUCCCCAGACAUGCACCGUCUCAUCCGCUACAUGCUGGAACCGGACCCUGAUAAGAGGCCUGACAUUUAUCAGGUGUCCUACUUUGCUUUCAAACUGGCCCGACGGGACUGCCCUGUCCAAAACGUCAAGAAUUCUCCCAUUCCUGCUAAACUUCCUGAGCCAAUCCGAGCGAGCGAAGCAGCUGCGAAGAAGAGCCAAACUCAGACCAAGGCGAGACUUACAGACCCUAUUCCCACCACUGAAACCUCCAUCACCCCACGCCAGCGCCCCAAAGCUGCGCAAUCCCAGUCUCAGGCACUAGGGGGCAUCCUGCCCAUCCAGCCUGCUGCCCUGACCCCACGCAAGAGAGCCAACUUGCCCGCCGUGGCCACUCAGCCGAUAGCUGUCGGUGUGAAUUUGGCUCAGCCAGCUGCAGCGCUUCAGUCACAGAAAGCCCAGACAUCUCCGGUCCCUCAGCAGAAAACGCCCAUGCAGCCCAUCCCUGCCGCAGCCGCAGGAGGGGGUGUUCCAGUUGCAGCUGUCAGCCCUGCCCCUCAGAAAGCUGUAGCCACUCCUCCUCCAUCCAGCCCCGUCCCACCCACCGCACCCGCACGGAGUGCCCGUCGUAAGCAGGCGUCUGCGGCUCAGCAGCAGCCGGUGCCCACUCAGCCGGCUGGGGCCCCGCCUCCAGCACAGGCUGAGCCUGCAGCGGUGCCGCCCACUGUCCAGCAGCCAGAACCUCAAUCCCAAAUCAGCCCAGAGAAGGCAGAAGAAAGGCCUGCAGCCCCUGGCCUGUCCCAGACUCCUCCUUCAUCCCCAAAGAUGGCCCAGAAGGCAGGACACAGACGUAUCCAGAGUGAUGUUACUCACAGCGCUAUGUUCGGUGUGCCGGUCAGCCAGUCCACUCAGCAGCUGCAGGAAGCCACAGCAGAAGCCAGCCUUAACAAGUCAAAGUCAGUCAGCGCCACCCCAUCCAAUUCUCCCCAGUCCUCCCAGCAGAGUGUAUACCAGGCUGCCCAGCAGGGCAGUACUUCUGUCCCUCAAGCUCCUGCCUCAGCUGCUAGCCUGACAAGCCCCCCAGACCAGCCCACCUGGAAUCCUUUCGGUGAUGACAAUUUCUCCAAACUCACGGCUGAGGACCUACUCAACAAAGAUUUCACCAAACUUGCUGAUGAACCUGUUGAACCUCUGAUUGUCACUACUGAGAGUCUUAUUCCUGGGCUGGAGACUGCAGAACCUGCUCCUCCAUCUUCUGCUGAAAGGCCUGCUGACAUUUUGGGCUUGGAAUCAGGAGCUGGUUUGCUAGCUGUGCCAGAGAAACUGAUAGAGGGCCUGAAGUCUCCAGAUACCUCUCUCAUGCUGCCUGAUCUGCUGUCAAUGGCUGACCCCUUUGGUAGCUCCAUUGAUGACACUAGAGAUGCCAAAACGGAAGUGUGUUUGGAGACUCUUAUUCCUGGUUUAGAGCCCCCUCAGGCUCAGCUACACCCUGUGGAGGCAGAUCCAGUAUCAUCAGCACUGAGAGACCCUUUGAUUGGAGAGGACUCCAUGCUGGGCUGUCCUCUACCCUCUGGCUCCGCCUACUCUCUGGAUGACUUUGCACCUGUUUCAGGAGGCCCCUCCCAGAAUAUUCCAGCUGGAGACUCCUGUUUGAUCUCAGGCUUUGAGCCUCAGAGCGCUGAGACAGCCAAUGAAGAUGAAUUUGACCCCAUACCAGUGCUGGUCUCCAAAAACUCCCAAGAUGAUCUGCCUAACGUCAACGGCUAUGAUUCUUCAUCAGGAGCCAAUAACAUCCAGAGCUCAGAUGUUCCUGCAGAGGAAGAAGAGGUUCUGCAUGCGAGCAGUGGCUCAAAGCUUCUACUGCUGGACUCCAAACUCCUCAACACUACAGCUCUCAAACUCUCACCAUCGUCCUCCCCAGACAUCUUCUCAAAUGCCCCAUUCCCUGGAUGUGGACGAGACGGUAAGGACAUCUUCACCGGCGCUCCAUUUCCUCAACUUCAACGAGUCCACCCGCAGCCUGAUGUCUUCCUCCAGGCCCCAUUCUGCAGAAGGAAUGAUCUGUCUGGACCGCAACAUCUAACGGGGUGCACAAAUGGCAACGAGGCCAUUCUGCCCCAUCCACCGGUGCACAGUCAAAUCCGGUUUCCACAUUGCGUCGAGGCUCCUAUGCCCCAGCAACCCAUUGCUGCCCACCGCGUGGUCUCCAGUGUGGGGCAGCAGGCGGCCGUGAGCUCAGUCGCCGUUGGGCCACUUCACUCCUGGACGGUAGGUGUUCGAGCAGUGAUGGACCCCUUCCUGGCAGCCCCCUUCCAACCUCGGGGCCCAUUGGGAAAGCCUUAAGGUUUGAGAAUGUUGUGCCGUUCCAGUGCUGGUUAUAUCUGUGGUGGAAGCAAUUCUGGCGUAGUCAAUCAUGAGACGACUACCUCAGUCCUCGUGACGCCAUCUGGCAUCACCGCAGCACUUUAGCUUACCUUCACUACGAUGUUCUUCCUCUGUGCAUCGCUCCACCAGGCAUGAAGAGAGCGAUUUCAUCUUUUGAUUGAUAUAAUGGUCUAUAAUCCACGUAUAUUCAUCCAAUUUCUUUUUGCAAUGGUUUAUGCAUUAUAAGCGUUUUAUAUAUAUCAUACAUAGUAUUAUAAAAAGAUGCAAAAUGUGAAAAUGAAGGAAGUUUGUUGCUUUCAGUUUACUAGUUUACAGGGAGCAGCUGAUGGAACUAUUGAAUUGUUUUUAGGCUUUUUGAAGAACUAACUACCUUUUUGAGUCUCAAAGCUGGAAGAAUUUCCAGAACCUGGUGACAGAAUUGUGUUGAGGCCUUAUGAGAGGUAAAAAUAGCUGGAGAAUCACGUUUCUUUUCCGUUCUUGUUAAACCCAAGGUACUGUGCGUUCUAAGCUGGACUGGAAUGGACUGUAAGUAACUGACGGUCACAUCCACACCAUCUAAUGCAGUGAAAUCAUCGAAGCACUUUUACGAUCUGUUAUAGUGCAUAUUGUAGUUUUGCCAUAUAACAAUCUGCUGUAUAUUCACUGUGUAUAAAUCCGUUCUGUUAAAA